GUUAACGUUGUAGUCCGAGAUAAAAAAGCAUAGCAAUUAUCGAAUUCGACCUGUAAUACCUAUUGAUAAAUAUUAUAAAAAAUGUUCUUGGUAACUUUUUUUUCUCUCAAAGUACUAAAUUAAAUUAAACGUGUAACAGCUGAGAUAGAUUGCUGCCAGUCAUAUUCAUGCUGUCGGUGUCACUUGAGUUUAUUUUGAUUCGCGUUUGUUGCUUCUUGCUUCGUAGUGAAGUUGGUCCCGAUGUUCACAGUUUCAAAUCUAAAUCGUGAAAUUCACGAAAAUUAUUAAACUGAUUGCGCGGAAUAAACGAAGCAAUCAACUGAUCAAGGGUAUUUGACCAACACUGACUGAUUGAAUUGCAGAGAAGAGCUGAAUAAUGGAGCAAAUUGAAGAAAAUAGUGUCGACACAGAAGACAUUCAUCAGAUUUCAAUCGAACACAAUGAAGGGAUUGAAUCCAUGGAAUACAACUGCAAACACUGUGAUAUGACAUUCUCCUCUGUUGAAGAUCAUGUUCGUGAGUUUCACGACAAUGAGGAAGUGAUAGUAGAAGUUGAAGAGGACGUUGCUUGUAGCUAUGGAUUUGAAGAAAUUGUAAUCGAAACUGAAGAUCAUUCGUCUGAUGACGAAUUUUCAGACUUCAAAUGCAACAUUUGUUCCACUGUACUGAAGUGUUCAAGAAGUUUGAAAAUGCAUAUGAGAAUUCAUGGAGUCAAAACAGUUGAUAUCGGAACAUCCAACAAAGAAUCUGAAUUUCUUUGCCAAAUAUGUAAUCGAAGCUUCGAUAGUAACGAACACCUGCAAUUGCAUUUGAGUGCUCAUGAAAACAUCACCAGUGGAGAUGUGACGGAAAUUCGAUGCAACGAGCGAACCGGCUAUCCGUGCAAAUACUGUGGCAAACGGUUCAAACGACCGUACGAGAAGGUCAAACAUGAACGAAUCCACACCGGAGAGAAACCGUACGCGUGCGACCAGUGUGGGAAACGAUUUCGGGUGUCCAGCUGCUUGGCGAUUCAUAGGCGCACACAUGAUGAUACGAGACCCUACGUUUGUCCCCAGUGCAAGAAGAGGUUCAAAGUCCAAUCGGCGUACGAUCAUCACCUGAAAAUUCAUUCAAACGACCGCGGCUAUAAAUGUUCCUUCUGUUCGAAAUCGUUCAACACUGCCGUCCAACUGAACGGCCACAAGAAAAGCCACACCAAACCUUUUUCCUGCUCGGAAUGCAGUCGCCCGUUUGGUUCGUUGUACGCCGUGCGCAAACAUAUGCAAGUCCAUCAAAUGCCGAACAACAAACUCAGCUAUGGCUGUGAUAUCUGCGGGGCCCAUUAUGCGCGGGAAUUCGCUCUUCAGGAUCAUCGGAAACAUCACCACGGGAUGGACAGUGGAAACGACCAGUCCGACGGCGAUUCCAAUGGCAUUACUGAAUGUAGUAAGGAGAGUGAAAUUGAGUUCAGUAGUACGACUGGGAUGGUUGAAGAAUCCGAAGAAAUUAUAGAGGAGGUUUGCUAUUUUGAAUAGAUUGUAUUUCUGCUGUUUUCUAUAACGGAUUACAUAAUAGUUAAUAAUUCUCUUCUAGAUGGUGCUUCAACGGGCGCAUACUUCAUUGCAAUCAUUUCACUAGUUUGGUAAUUUUGUUACCAAUUGUUUUUACACCAUCAUUAAUUCAAUAAAGUAUCCUUUGUUUCGUAUUGAUAGCUAUUGUAUUUUUUUGUCUUCCAUCGAGUUUUGGAAUUCCUUUCGGGAACGGCAAUCGAACAACAAUAAUAAUUUGAUGUGUUAACACUUAUUAGUUGAUAUAACUUAUAUUCACUUUUACAAUUGUUUGCAAUUACAUCACAAUACGUGUUUGAUAAGGAAUCUUUUCGUGUUGAAUUAAAUUUCUUUUUUUAUAAUACAAAGCGUUGGCGUAGUUUCUACAUUCCAUCAUACAUUUUUGACCCGAUCAAUAUAUUCAAAUAAAUACACGAAAUAUACAAAUUAAGCUGCUCCUACUCAAUUAUACAAAACAAAAUAUCCAAUAAUAAUGCCAACAU